CACUUUCAACAAUGGCCGCAUCACUGCUCAGUGAUUUUCCGACCACAGCACCUGCAGCUCCGAUACGAAGGCUUCAGUUCGCAGAUGUCGCCGUCACAGCAACUGCCAAAGAUUUUGCAGGCUUCUAUCGCGGAAAGCAAUAUCAUGAACCCGACUUUGAUGCUGUUCUGGACCGCGCAGCGGCGGUAGGGAUCGAUAAGGUGAUGCUUACUGGCAUGUACCUGGCAGACGUUCCCACCAACCUUGACAUCGCGAAGAGGAGGAAAGAGCAAUGCAAAAUUACAAUUGGUGUGCAUCCGUACCACGCCGCCGAAGCAGAUGAGGGAGGGGAUCCGUAUUACCAAGACAUUGCACAAGCAGUUACCUCCACGCUGAAAGAGGAACCUCGGCUGCUGGGCGCGUUUGGAGAGCUGGGACUCGACUACGACCACCUAGCCGCUGCAUCAAAAGAAGCCCAAAUCCGCGUCUUCAAAACACAGCUCGACAUGAUCGUAGCCGAAGGAUGGCGACUCCCACUAUUUCUGCACUGCCGAGCAGCUUUUAACGACUUUGUUUCCAUCCUAACUCCCUAUCUCGAUCGCCUGCCCUUGCGGUGCGGACUAGUACACUCCUUCGUCGGUACGGCCUCGCAAAUGCAGACUCUCAUCGACCUCGGUCUGGAAGUCAGUGUCAACGGCUUCAGCUUCCGCGCACGUGAGAGCCUAGAGAUGGUGCGCGCCACUCCUCUGAAUAAGUUGCAGAUCGAGACCGAUGCGCCGUGGGGUGAGAUCCAGGCUACGAGUGACAUAUCGAAAGCGUAUCUGAAGAAUACGACGAAGCUGCCUUAUGCUGCGAAGAAGAAGGAUAAAUUUGUUAUGGGUGAGAUGGUCAAGGAGAGAAAUGAGAGCUGCAAGAUGGAAGGUAUCGCAUUGAUUGUCGCGGGGCUGAAGGGUGUCAGUGUUGAAGAAGUCGCCGAUGCAGCGUACAGGAACAGCACAGAAAUGUUCUGGAACAACGUCUAGCAGUACAACAGAAUUUCGUACAAUGUAGAUGAGAUUUUGCGCCCGAC